ACACACGCGCACACACGCGGAAAAGAGGCGCUUUGGCUGCUUUCUCUUCCGCCUCCCUCCUCCCUCCUCCCGAGCUGUUGCUGCACAAUGGCGCUGGUAUUCACUGCUCUCCGUGUCCUGCUGGGCGUCGUAUUCGCGGUCGCAGGUGCUGUCAAACUCACAGACAAGAUUUCGGAGGACAUCUACGCGCAGAUGCGCUCCCAGUUUGUGGACUUAUCGUCUGUGUUCCCACUGCGGAUCGUGGGCGUGGAGGUGGAGCCUGAUGAGUACCUGAUGGUGACUGGCUGGGUGGAAUUGGUGGGCGGGGUUCUGCUGGCCUUUGGACCCAGACUCCUGCAGGAGAUCAGCAACCUGGUGCUGUCCGUCGUCAUGAUGGUGGCGAUCUUCUCCCUGCUGAAGCUGAAGGAGCCCUUGUUUAUGUGCUGUGUUCCGGCCGUGUUCCUGGGGCUCCUGCUGCUGCUCGCCAUCCGGGGCCGAGGGCCAGGGGCCAAGAGCAAGAGCCACUGACCGCACACACACACACACCCAGGGGCCACGAGCCACUGACCCCACACACACUCACACACCCAGGGGCCAAGAGCCACUGACCCCACACACACUCACACACCCAGGGGCCAAGAGCAAGAGCCACUGACCCCAAACACACUUAAACACACACACACACAAACUUGUGGGGACCAACAGCUGUUCAUUCCAGGGUCUGUCAGCACCUCCGGUGUCCUUUUUAAAAAUGCAUAUUCAGCCUAUUCUUAUAAUCGUGUGUGAUCUGAACGCAUCAGUAAGAGAAAUGCUUAUAUUAUUUUUCAAUGCAAAAGGAAUAAAAGGUAUUGCAGCACUGUGGGUUUAUGGGGUUUGAUAACUGACUGUAAUUUGGUGCUUUUAGAAUGGAUGGGGGCUCACAGGUCUGCAUCGGGGAGCACAGAGCGGGUCAGAGAAGCAGAGUCAGAAGAUUUGAAGUCAGAAAGUGUCUGUAAAUGUGUAAAUGUGUGUGGUGUUCAGUGGGAGGCCUGAAGGCGACACUGAGCCGACAGCUUCAGGUGUGUGCAGUAUUCCCCAAACAACCUUACCAUAACCUUACCAUAACCAAAGCAGCAUUCCCCCAACAUCACACUGUAUUCCAUUCAGUGAUGUUGGUUCCAAGAUGUUUCUACACUGAUCAAACUGGAAGAGAAGCUUUCAGUGGGUUAAAAAAAAAACGCUGGCGAAAAUGGCGGUGUUUAGGUGUAUGAAUCAUAACAACCUUUCGGGAGUUCUGCUUGGGCUGGCAGUGAUUGGUGGUGGUGGGGGGUGGAUCCCAAAUUCUAUGUUUGUUUUGUGAGACUAAUGUUUGGACAAAGAUAAGGACGGUGCUGAAUGAGAGAAAAUAAUAUUCUCACAGAAUCCGAAAAGAUCAUGACAGGAAAGUAUUAGUGGAAAUGUAAUUACAUUUGGCUUCGACUAAAACAAAUGAAUAUAAAAUGUCACUCCUGCAUUUUGAGUUGUUUUUAUUUUUGGCUGUUCAGAGGUGGGGGGUGGGGCGAUAUGUCCACCAUGAAUGUGUCCCAGUUUAAAAACUGCGCCAGACUUGAGGCUGCGGGCGUGGUCCUCUGCAGGCCUUUCUGAAGCCCAGGCGGGGAAGCUGAAUAACUGGUGUACCUGUGUUGUUCUUGCCCAAGUUCAUUUGUAUUGUAAAUAUUUUUAGUUUUUGAUUAAAAAUGCCUGAAAAGAGAUUAA